AUGGUGGAUAACUCUGGAGGUCCUGGAGGAUCUAACUACCACAGGGUGGAUAAAUCUAGAGAUCCUGGAGGAUCUAACUACCACAGGGUGGAUAACUCUGGAGGUCCUGGAGGAUCUAACUACCACAUGGUGGAUAACUCUGGAGGUCCUGGAGGAUCUAACUACCACAUGGUGGAUAACUCUGGAGGUCCUGGAGGAUCUAACUACCACAGGGUGGAUAACUCUGGAGGUCCUGGAGGAUCUAACUACCACAGGUUGGAUAACUCUGGAGGUCCUGGAGGAUCUAACUAUCACAGGGUGGAUAACUCUGGAGGUCCUGGAGGAUCUAACUACCACAGGGUGGAUAACUCUGGAAGUCCUGGAGGAUCUAACUACCACAGGGUGGAGAACUCUGGAGGUCCUGGAGGAUCUAACUACCACAGGGUGGAUAACUCUGGAGGAUCUAACUACAACAGGGUGGAUAACUCUGGAGGUCCUGGGGGAUAUAACUACCACAGGGUGGAUAACUCUGGAGGUCCUGGAGGAUCUAACUACCACAGGGUGGAUAACUCUGGAGGUCCUGGAGGAUCUAACUACCACAGGGUGGAUAACUCUGGAGGAUCUGACUACCACAGGGUGGAUAACUCUGUAAGUCCUGGAGAAUCUAACUACCACAGGGUGGAUAACUCUGGAGGAUCUAACUACAACAGGGUGGAUAACUCUGGAGGAUCUAACUACCACAGGGUUAAUAACUCUGGAGGAUCUAACUACAACAGGGUGGAUAACUCUGGAGGAUCUAACUACCACAGGGUGGAUAACUCUGGAGGAUCUGACUACCACAGGGUGGAUAACUCUGGAGGUCCUGGAGGAUCUAACUACCACAGUGUGGAUAACUCUGGAGGUCCUGGAGGAUCUAACUACCACAGGGUGGAUAACUCUGGAGGAUCUAACUACAACAGGGUGGAUAACUCUGGAGGUCCUGGGGGAUAUAACUACCACAGGGUGGAUAACUCUGGAGGUCCUGGAGAAUCUAACUACCACAGGGUGGAUAACUCUGGAGGAUCUGACUACCACAGGGUGGAUAACUCUGGAGGUCCUGGAGGAUCUAACUACCACAGGGUGGAUAACUCUGGAGGUCCUGGAGGAUCUAACUACCACAGUGUGGAUAACUCUGGAGGUCCUGGAGGAUCUAACUACCACAGGGUGGAUAACUCUGGAGGAUCUAACUACAACAGGGUGGAUAACUCUGGAGGUCCUGGGGGAUAUAACUACCACAGGGUGGAUAACUCUGGAGGUCCUGGAGAAUCUAACUACCACAGGGUGGAUAACUCAGAGGAUCUAACUACCACAGGGGUGGAUAACUCUGGAGGAUCUAACUACCACAGGGUUAAUAACUCUGGAGGAUAUAAAUACCACAGGGUGGAUAACUCUGGAGGAUCUAACUACCACAGGGUGGAUAACUCUGGAGGAUCUAACUACCACAGUGUGGAUAACUCUGGAGGUCCUGGAGGAUCUAACUACCACAGGGUGGAUAACUCUGGAGGAUCUAACUACCACAGGGUGGAUAACUCUUGA